AUGGCAACGCUCCAAACCGCAAUUCGGGGAAACCCCAAUUCGACGGCUGUCAUCAUCCCUUCGAAGCCCAACGCUCUCACAGUCACAUACAAAGACUUGGCGAAUGAUUGUGUCUCCUUUCAGCGCAAGCUGGCUGCCAUCGGUAUCGGCCAUGCUUCCCCCGUCUCCAUAGCUGUGGUGAACUCGUACGAGUUCAUCGUGUCCUUUGAGGCGACCGCUUGGCAACGCGGCAUCGCCGCUCCUCUGAACCCUGCUUACAAGCAGGACGAGUUUGAAUUCUAUAUCGACGAUAUCAAAUCUGCACUUGUUCUAGUUCCGAGAGGCGCGUUUAAGGCGGAUGCACCCGCUGUCAGGGCUGCGAGAAAGUUCAAUGCUGCCAUUGCGGAGUGCUACUGGGAUGAGACCAAGAAGGAGGUCGCUCUGGAUGUCAAAGACCCGGGCCAGUUGAAGGGGAAGGCCAAGCAGGACGUGUUGAAGGCGCAGAGUGAUGAUGUUGCGCUGGUGUUGCACACGAGCGGAACGACUUCAAGACCCAAAGUUGUGCCCCUGACGCAUCGCAACCUUGUCCGCACCAUGGGGAACAUCCAGAACACCUACGAGCUCACCUCUGACGAUCGUACCAUGCUGGUCAUGCCACUCUUCCAUGUCCACGGCCUCUUGUGUGCUCUGCUGGCACCAUUUUACGCUGGAGGCUCGAUAAUUGUCCCCAACAAAUUCUCGGCCUCGGAGUUCUGGCAGGAUUUCCAGACCCACAAGGCGAAUUGGUACACAGCGGUUCCUACCAUUCACCAGAUUCUUCUCAAGUCGCCUAUCCCAAACCCUCUGCCCAAGAUCCGCUUCAUCCGCUCAUGCUCUUCUCCUCUCUCGCCUGCAGUAUUUGAGAAGCUCGAGGCCGCCUUCAAAGCUCCUGUCCUGGAGGCAUACGCCAUGACGGAGGCAGCACAUCAAAUGACAUCCAACCCACUCCCUCCUUUGAAGCGCAAGCCCGGCACAGUCGGACUAGGUCAGGGUGUUGACGUCAGAAUCCUAAACGAUGCCGGUGAGGAGGUGGCUCAAGGCACGGAAGGCGAAAUUUGUAUCCAAGGUGAAAAUGUCACCAAAGGCUACCUCAACAAUCCCAAGGCUAAUGCAGAGGGCUACCACAAGAACGGAUUCUUCAGGACUGGCGACCAGGGCAAGAAGGACGAGGAUGGCUACAUCAUCAUCACCGGCCGCAUCAAGGAAUUGAUCAACAAAGGUGGUGAGAAGAUCAGCCCUAUCGAGCUUGAUAAUGUCAUGGCGCGCCACCCUGCGGUGAGUGAAGCAGUCAGCUUUGCGGUCCCGGAUGAGAUGUACGGACAAGAUGUUGGAGCUGCGAUUGUGCUGAAGGCUGGCGAGAAACUGGGCGCGGAUGAGCUGAGAAGUUGGAUGGCAGAAAAGGUUUCAAAGUUCAAGCUGCCUAGAAAGAUUUACUUUUCCGAGGUCAUGCCAAAGACAGCUACUGGCAAGAUCCAGAGACGUAUCGUUGCAGAGACGAUGAUGAAGCAGGACAAGCCGAAGGCGAAGCUAUAG